AUGCCUGGCGCAACUUCCGAUAGCUUCCAGUCCGUAGCAAACGGCAAUGGCACGGCGGCCCAAAGCUCUGUGGCACAUCUUGCAGCUCUGUCCGAGACAAUCCGAACAAAGACCGCGCUCUUCACCAAGAGCCUCAAUGAGAAACACCUCGACGCACCAUCAUUCAAGCUUGGCGGACGUGCCAGUUUUGAUCUGAAUGAGUUUGACACACAGGACAAGGACACCCGGAACGAACUCAUAGCGCUCACCAAGGAGCUUCAUGACUUGCUUGUUGGCCCCAAGGAUACCCUCAAGAACUUGGCCUGGAACUCGAUCAGCUACGUCCCCCUCGAAGCCAUUUGUGAGUUCCGCGUUGCCGAGGCUGUACCCCCCACCGGAGCUAUAUCCUACGUCAAUCUCGCCACCGAAAUCGAGCAUCUCACAGGCACCAAAGUCAUUGUUUCUGAUUUGAAAUGCAUAUUGCGCCUGGCAAUGGCAAAUGACCUGUUCUCCGAACCUAGUCCCAAUCACGUCGCACACAGCCGAUCAUCCCUGCUCCUGUUGGAGGACCCGUGUGUGGCAAGCUGGGUCGCCAUGUUCACCACCGAUCUUCUUCGGCCCAUUGUCAACACCGUGGAGGCCAUGAAGAAGUGGCCUGGCUCGCAAGAGCCCAACGAAACUGCCGUCAACAUAGCAUAUCGCAACGAUAUUCCGUUCUUCGAGUUUAUGCAAUCGGACAACGCGAGGAUGAAGCGGUACGGCCUGGCUAUGAAGGCACAAGGUGGUCGUGACGGGUUUGACCUGUCACAUACUACAAAUGGCUACCCGUGGUCCGAACUCGGCGCAGCAAGGGUCGUCGAUAUUGGUGGCAGUCAGGGGCACGUAUCCUUUGCGCUGGCGGAAGCCUUUCCGCAGCUGUCCUUUACUGUGCAAGAGAAGCCCGAGUUGAGGACCGACAAGACGAUUGGCCAGGUACCCCAGCACCUGGCCGCGCGAGUCGAGCUGACGGCGCACGACUGCUUCCUCCCGCAGCCCGUGGAAGCCCGCGUCUACUUUUUCCGGCACGUCUUCCACGCCUUCUCCGACAAGUACGCCGUCGCCGCGCUCCGGGCGCUGGUGCCCGCGAUGACACCUGGCGCGCGGGUCGUCAUCAACGACUACGUGCUGCCCGCACCCGGCGUCUUGUCGCAGAGCGACGAAAAGGCCGUCCGCACCAUGGACGUGUUGAUGCGGACCGUCUGCAACGCGCGGGAACGGGAGGCGGGCGAUUGGAAGGCGCUCUUUGCGCAGGCGGACUUGCGGUUUCGAUGGAGGGGGGCUACUAAAACAGCGGGCAGGUUAUCGUUCAUCGAGGCAGUGUGGGAAGAGGAGACGCGGGGUGAGACGCGGCCGAGGCUGUCGAAUGGGACGUGA